UUGUUUCUUUGUACUUUGCGAUUUUUGCACAUUAUUAACUAUUCUUUCAACAUCACUCACUUUUCAAUCCUUGCGUAUGCAGAAUCUCCUACCCAUUUAUGUGUGUCCGUACGUGACUACUACUGCUACAAAUUCCAGAUUCGUCCCGGGGUAUUUAAUCCAAUACUUCAUGGAAAGCGGCUUUUCCAGCAGUUCGCUGUCGACACGUACAUCAAGAUUGAGAGCUCUCGUUUAGAUUUCAUACGUAAGAAUCAGGAUCGUUUAAGGGCAGACCUAUACCAGGGCUUGGUGGAUAGCAUGUUAGAUGGAGAUAUCAGAGCAGAAAAGGUUGGGAAGCGAACUGUGCUGUCUACGUCAUUUAUUGGUGGUCCUCGUGACAUGAAACGUCGGUAUAUGGAUGCUAUGGCUCUGGUGCGGAAGUUUGGUAAACCGGACAUCUUUCUUACCAUGACAUGUAACCCCAACUGGGAUGAGAUAAGGAGAGAGCUUCUCCCUGGGCAAACACCACAAGAUCGUCCCGAUCUUGUAGUGCGUGUCUUUCAUGCGAAGCUACAGGAGUUAAAGCAUAGGCUGACUAAACAGGAUAUUCUCGGUAAGGUCCGGGCCUACGUCUAUGUCGUGGAGUUUCAAAAGCGGGGUUUGCCACAUGCCCAUUUUCUACUCAUCAUGCAGAGGAAGUACAAGCUAACGUGCCCUGAGCAGUAUGACCUUUUGAUCUCAGCCGAGAUCCCACACAACAAGUACCCUGAACUACGAAAGAUGGUUAUCAAGCAUAUGAUGCAUGGCCCGUGUGGGUCGUUAAACCCUAACUGCCCAUGCACUAAGGGCCAUGUAUCGUGCAAGAAUCAUUACCCCCGGCCUUUCAGUGACACAACCUUGCAAGGGAAGGACUCAUACCCGAUUUACAGACGUCGUGAUGAUGGGCGUAAGGAAAAGGUUCGAGGGUGCGAAUUGGACAAUAGAUGGGUUGUCCCUUACAACCCUUACCUCCUUCGUCUCUUCAACUGUCACAUCAAUGUUGAGGCGUGCGGGAUGCCAUCGGCGCUGCGACGACUUUUUGCCACAAUACUGGUGUACUGUGAGCCAAGCGACGUGGCGGUACUCUGGCAGAAUCACCUAGAUGUUAUGUCAGAGGACUAUCAACACAGGAGUCAGGGUAAAACUCAUGUUGAGCAGAUGGUAUUGAUUGACAUUAGGAACAUGCUGCAGUCAAUGGGAAAGGACAUAAAGACAUUCCCUCUUCCUCCUAUCAUCGACGCAUAUGACGAUGCUAUUGGUACUGCUAGGGAGGUCUACGAGGAGGAAAGUAUCGAACCAGCAGUGGGAGAUGUGGCUCUCAAAGACUCUCUUAACGAGGAACAGAGGGUCGCCUAUGAUAAGAUUCUAUCUGCCGUGGACACUGAUAAGGGCGGAUUGUUCUUUGUGGAUGGACCUGGUGGCACCGGGAAGACUUAUCUAUAUAGAGUGCUGCUCGCGACGCUACGCAGCCAGGGCAAGAUUGCAGUGGCAACAGCUACAUCUGGCGUUGCGGCUUCCAUAAUGCCUGGAGGAAGAACCGCCCAUUCACGCUUCAAAAUACCUCUCACUAUUGACGAUGGCGCUGUAUGUAGCUUCACGAAGUAG